UACACCAGGUCCCCUGUAGCUGCAAAGCCUGCUGAGCUUCUCUUGCUUCUGGGCCUCUGGCCUUGGCACGCCUGCCUUCUUAAGGCUCCGGGUUUAGGCCUGGACAAGAGUCAUAGGUUCAGCUGCUUCUGCUAGAAGGAAAGCUAGGUCAAAGAAGGCGAGCAGGUGAAGGAGAGAGGGCUGAACUGUGGCUUGGGACUGACACGGGUCCUCCUGGGGGGUCAUUCUGCACAUAAAUACCAUCAACCCUCGGCCCUUCUGGAACAUUACCACCAAAAAUGAGUAGCAAAGUGUUAUCCAUGCCACAGCCACUUUUGGGGAAUAUUCAGGAUGUCAAUCAUCAGGUGUGGAUCCUUCAAGACCAGACCCUUAAAGCAGUCCCAAGGAAGAACAACAUGGUUCCUGCCACUGUUACCUUAAUCCCAUGCAAUCAUAUGGAGGCUCUUGAGAAGGACAAAGGGUCUCUCAUCUACCUGGGACUGAAGGAGCCAGAGCUCUGCCUAUUCUGCACAAAGGUCAAUGAGCAGCCCACACUACAGCUUAAGGAACAGAAGAUAAUGGAUCUGUACAACCAGGCAGAGCCUGUGAAGCCCUUCCUCUUCUACCACAACAAGAACGGCAGCACCUCCACCUUUGAGUCUGUGGUCUUCCCCGGCUGGUUCAUCGCCUCCUGCCCCAAUGGAGGCUGUCCUCUCAUUAUUACCCAAGAACUGGGGAAAUUCUACACCACUGACUUUGGGUUCACUGUACUAAAUCCUUAAGGUUGAUCUUGGGUUGGAGGUUGUUCUCCACCCAGAGAAUCUUACCUUGGUUCCCUUUGUUCUAGCCCUCAAAGUGCUUCUGAAGCACAACAUUGUAAAUCAACUGUUCUUCAGUUAAAAAUUAAAGAAAGGAGAAAAAAAAAGUGCUUCUGAGAUGAACAUUGCCAUACUGGCCAUUCAACAAGGAAAGACUGAGUUGCCAGAAUUAGGUCCAGUGUUUGAUAGUCCAAGCUAGGUUAAGAGGGGAGUAAGCAGUCAAGUCCUCAUCUAGAAUAGGGAGGAAGAAACUGUGGUUGGGCUUUUCACACAAGGGUUAGCUUGCUGCCGACUCUCCACUACCCACACAUUCAGGCAAUGACCCGAAUGUUGGGCCAGGCUCUGUGCCCUUUCUUAGGGGCCAUAUGGAAAACAGUCCAAAGAAACUGAGGAUCUUUGCAUGGCCACAUAGCUAAAUGAUGACACCUUUACAAAAAUAAUAAAGAAAACUCAACAUACUUGCUAAUGAUGCUUCAAAUAAGAAAAGAGUGUCAUGAUUCUUUCAUUUCAAGUCCAGACCUCUGGAUUUUCAGAUACAUUGCUCCAUGGCAUUGAAUCAACAUCUUUUGGCUCCUGAUGGGAAGAUGCUGACAUAUAAGUUCCAUAAAAGAAAAGGCCAAAAAGAAAGUUGACCCCUUCCUGGGCAUGACUUGUGUCUCAGGGAAGUUACAUAUUCGGCUGUUUCCUUUUUUUUAAUUUUAAUUU